AUGGAUUCGAAGUCUUCAAAAUCUGUCACUGCAAACAAUGAUCCCUUAGAAAGAGCAAACAUCAAUCUCAACUUAGGUGAAACCCAUUUUAGAUUAGCAGAGUAUAAAAAGGCUAUUACCUAUUACAUUAAAUAUCAGGAAAUUUGUACUGAAAUUGGCAAUUUUCAAGGGUUAGCAACUGCCUGUGAGAAACUGGGUUCUGCCUGUUUAAACCUAGGACAGCCUGAAGAGGCUAUCGAGUAUUUUGCAACAAGCUUAGAAAUUUUCAUUCAAUUUGACAAUCACUCAGGAGUGGCAACUAACAAUGGCAAUUUAGGCACUGCCUAUCAUAGUUUAGGAGAGCAUGACAAAGCUAUUGACUAUUUCAAAAAAGGUUUGGAAAUCAGUGCUGCUAUUGGCGACAAGUCAGGAAUGGCAAAUAUUAAUGGCAAAUUGGGUAGUGUUUACCUUAGUUUAGGAGAAUAUAAAAAAGCUAUUGACUAUUUAAAAAAUGGUUUAGAAAUGAAUAUUGCCAUUGGCGAUAAGUCAGGAAUGGCCGAUAACAAUGGCAAUUUAGGCAGUGUUUAUUUUAGAUUAGGAGAAUACGUUAAAUCCGUUAGCUAUUUAAGACAAGGUUUAGAAUUGAGUACUGCUAUUGGUGAUAAGCCAGCAACUGUAAAUGGCGAUGUGGGCAAUGUUUACCUUAUGUUCGGAGAAUAUGAGAAAGCAAUUGACUAUUUUAAAAAGAGUUUAGAAAUGCGAACUGUUAUCGGCCAUAAAUCAGGAAUAGAAACUAACUAUGGCGAUUUAGGCUAUGCUUACCUUAGAUUAGGAGAUUAUGAGAAAGCUAUUGACUAUUUUAAAAAUAGUUUAGAAAUCCAAACUGCUAUCGGCCAUAAAUCAGGAAUAGAAACUAACUAUGGCCAUUUGGGCAAUGCUUACUUUAGAUUGGGAGAAUAUGAGAAAGCCAUUAGCUAUUACAGAAAAGUUUGGGAAUGA